AUGUUGUCAUUCAUACUCAUACAAAACCGCCAGGGCAAGACCCGGCUGGCCAAGUGGUACGCGCCAUACAGCGACGAUGAGAAGAUCAAGCUUAAGGGCGAGGUCCACCGUCUUGUAGCACCUCGCGACCAAAAGUACCAGUCCAACUUUGUCGAGUUCCGCAACAACAAGAUCGUCUACCGGCGCUACGCCGGCCUCUUCUUCUGCGCCUGCGUCGACACCAACGACAACGAGCUCGCGUUCCUCGAAGCCAUCCAUUUCUUCGUCGAGGUCCUCGACGCCUUCUUCGGCAACGUCUGCGAGCUUGACUUGGUCUUCAACUUCUACAAGGUCUACGCCAUCCUCGACGAGGUCUUCCUGGCAGGCGAGAUCGAGGAGACGAGCAAGCAGGUCGUGUUGACGAGGCUGGAGCACUUGGACAAGCUCGAGUAG